AUGGCCAGCUACGGAAAAGGCGACAAGGACUUCGGCGAGGGCCCCAAGGUCCACAAGAUCCGCAUCACCCUGACCUCCAAGAACGUCAAGUCGCUCGAGAAGGUCUGCCAGGAGCUGAUCGACCGCGCCAAGACCAAGGACCUCCGCGUCAAGGGCCCCGUCCGCCUCCCAACCAAGAAGCUCAAGGUCACCACCCGCAAGACGCCCUGCGGUGAGGGUUCCAAGACCUGGGACACGUACGAGAUGCGCGUCCACAAGCGCCUCAUCGACCUCAACGCGCCGACCGAGGUCGUCAAGCAGAUCAUCAUCAACAUCGAGGCCGGUGUCGAGGUGGAGGUUACCAUUGCGGCUUAG